AUGAAUUUACAUACUCCCAAUUUUCACAUAAGUUAAGAAAACUAUUUCUAAUUAAAUGAAAUUAGUCAAUGUCUGAAAUAUACUGCUUAUAUAAUUGAUAUUAAUGUAUAACAAUUACAUCAUAUAUUGAUAGAUCAUUCUAACAUCAACUUUACAUUAAACCUUUAGUACUUAAACUAUUACUUUAGAUUAAGUACUUCCUACAAGAUUGGAGAAGUAAUUAAACAAUAUUUACUUUAGUUACAUGAUGCCAAAUAUACAAUUAGAUUAAACUUUUCCAGAUUAUGUUUCAAAUUUGUCAUUGAAUGAGAUUCUCAAUCAAAUUAGAUAUGAUUAAAUAUUACAAUUUGCUAAACCUCUUGGUAUUGAUCUUUAAAUAGUUUAAGCUUAGUGAUCGAACAAAAGGAGUAGAAAUAAUUCUAAAUUAUAAAUACACAAUCCAAUAAGUAAAUUGGAUUUCAAUAAGUAAAUGAACUUAACUAUAAAUAUAGAAAAAAACAGAUGGGUUAUUAUCCAAUUAAAUUUUUAAUACUAAAAUCAAUAACACUAGAUCAAUUAGUCCAUAACCAAUGAGUACAAUUAUCAAUAACUAUUAAUCUAACACAUAAACUUAAAUUCCAAUUCUAUAAACUGAAUCAGGUUUAAUCAAUGAUUAAUUUAUCAACUUAAAUCCUAAUUUAUUUAGUAGUAAUUGCUUAUUAACUGAUACUCCUUAAAGUUAUUAAUAAUAUUAAUUGAAUAAAUGGACUGACAAAUCUAAAGAUAAACUUCUCUUUUAAGAUAAUUUUAUGAUAGAAGAAGAACUAAAUAAAUAAAAGAAACCAAAUACAAUUAUUAUUAAGAAAAGCGAAGAUCCGUAAUUUUUUUAAUAACUAAAAAAUGCUCGUGUGGCUUCUCCAAAUUUGAAAUAAGUAAAGGGAUCAGGUUUAUCACCAGAACCUUAUAAUUAAAGCAAAUCUAAAUCUCCAGAAGUGUUAUAAGUAAAUUCAACUACUAAUUGUAAACAAUGGGAAACCACUUCAAAUAUUAGAUAAUAAACAUAAUCAAAUUAUAAAUAUUAAUAGAAUGUUUAAAAAUAAUUACCUGAGCAUUUUAAAAAAUUAUUAACUGAUAACAACUAAAGAUUAAACAUUAGUAAGCCUUUUGAUUCAAACAAUACUAAAUUUGCUUUUAUUUAAUCUGGGUCAACUGCUUAAUAGAAAAAGAUUAAAAAAUCAAAAUAAACAAUGAUUCAAGAUUCUUUAAAUGAUAAUCAAAUGAAGGUAAUUUAGAGUGAUAAAUAAUUUACUCCUAGAAUUAAUGAAUAAUCAUUUGUCAAUUAAACUAUUUAAAUGUUGCUUAGUGAAUAAUAAUCAAUUCCUAAGAGUAGAAGUUAGAAUAAAAAAUAAGAUGAGAAGAUGAAUUAAAAUUUUAUUGAUUAAGUUUCAUUUAAACCUUAAUUUGAAUAAAAGCAAUAUAAAUAACCAGAGAUUAAGUCUGGAGUACCUGAAUAAAUGAUUUAAUAACAAUUUGUUGAUUAUAAAUCUGUAAGAGGAAUUUCACCAAAGAAUAUAUGUGUUCAAUAAUAAUAAGUUCCAGUAGCUUCUAAUUAAUAAAAAGAGCCAGUUUAAAUUAAAUUAGACAUUAAAUAAUUUAUGAACUCAAACAAACCAAAAGAUUUAUAGUAACGAUCUCCUAGAUCUAUAAGUCCAAUAUAUAGUUAAAGAUAAUAAUUAGGUAUUUAUUAAAAUAUUUUCGUAGGAGUAACUAAUGAAAAUGGAAGAUCUUAUUUUAUCAAUUUGAAUUUUUAGAAAUGA